GGGGGGUGUUUUUUCACACUCCUGCCCACUGUCUGUUUUGCAGACUACAGUGCUGGCGCAGACACAGCACUACAAGGCCUGCGGGGACGUCGUGUUUUCAGUGCAGCCCUGUCCCAGCUCCCUGGUCUUGGAAAGCCCCACGGUCAGGGACCAGUUCAGGAAUCUGCCCGUAGAUCACAUCGAAGAAUCGAGGCCUAAAUGCAAGGCUGCUACUGCUAGAUGUACAAUCAACUGCACAGAACAGACCACCUUGAAUGUGUGUGCUUGGGUUCUUCGUGGAGAUCUGAGGAGGCCCGACCAAAGGGUUUGCAGGGCCCAAAGCAGGAUGCUGGGAGUGGGGCCCUGGACCCAGCCGGUGGAUGGGUUUCCUCAGCCUGGCUCUCGCACUAUGGAUGCUCCAGACAUUCCUCAAAGUGAGCUAGCAAUGUGUUUCAGUCAGUGGACAGAGCUAUCUAAUCAACCGAAGAUCUCCGGUAAAGUAAUGGAUCUUUGUAAUGCUAUUUUUAAUGACAUGCAGAUAGAUGAGGAAAACAAUGAGGACAUGUAUAAAAGAUUUUUAUUUCACUACUCAAGAGUUCAAGAACCAGCAUAUCCACUUAAACCUGGGUCUUCCCCUGUGCAUCCUUUAAUGCGCCUUGCUUCAAAGCUCUCUGAGAGAAGAAUGAAAAGAUUCCUUGAUCCAGAAUCACAAAUUGCUGCUGCAGAGUUUACAAAGAAGGACAGUGCUGGUACCAUGGGACGGCCUUUUUUUCUUUUCAGGCCUAGAAAUGGAAGAACUAUUGAAGAUGGUGGUGAAUAGGACUCUGAAAGAAUUCCAUGUAAUGUGAAGUUCAUGGGUUGACUUGAAGAUGAUUUAUACAAAGAAAAAAUCCCAUUGGACUAUUUGUCUAUUGUUUUAAGUGACUAAUUUGACUAGAAUAUACUGUCCCGUAAUAAAUUA